AUGUUACUGACUAUGAAACCACAUUUUGGCUAUGAAGAUGACUUUUUAUUCGAAUAUUCUCUAGUUGUGGAAAAAAGUACCCAAAAAUUGAGGAGCCUUGUGAACACGUGUGAAGAAUGGGAAUUAAAGGCGAAGCUAUGUUUGCAAGCUAGGUAUGUAUGAGUAAAGCUCUGGGCAUCAAUUUUGACAGAAGGCAAAGGAAUUUUGAUACUUGGUUUACACAGGAAUUUUUUCUUUUUGGAUUUUGCUACGAGGAAGAGAAAUAUAUUUUCAGGCCUGUACGUCACAUGACUCAAAAUAACGGGAGAUAGGUCAACUUGAUUUUAGCUCGGUCAAAAACGGUUUUUGACCGGUCAUUGAUACGCUUACACUAACAGUGAAACAAACUAUUAGAAACUUGUUUCGAUACAUCAUAGUUUCAAGUUUUAAUUCAAGACGUCAGCAAUGACAUUGGAAGUCGUGAAAAUGUGGCCGGUCAUUGUCCGUUGUGUCCAUCUUACGCCAUGUCGUUGCUUUAUCUUACAGACCACGUCACUUGAUGACCUCGAUACAAGCGAUAGUUCGUGAAGCUUCCUUGGUCCCAGUUCACUUACCUAACAUCAACGCAUUGAAAGAAGCUCUAGGCAAAGCACGUGAUUGGUCGCAUAAAGUUGAUCAUGUGCAGGUAUUUCAUACUGAUGUUCAGUUGGUGUACACUAUUGGGGAGGGAGGGAGGAGGAAUAAUUUUUGAAAGCCUCUGAAUGAUAGUUGAAUAACUGUGUAACUGUAAUUUGUCGACCAUAAAAGCAUUGCUAGACUAUAAAUCAAGCUAUAUAUUGCUUGAAAUAUAAGGUUAAAAAGUUUCAAGAACUAAAAUUUUCAGCAACAAAAGGUGCUACUAUGUUGGCAACCUAAAUCCGCCCCUCUCCAAUAUUUCGCCAUUGCUGUAUGUUUUAAUACUGUAGUAAAGUAAUUUGUUUUGCUUGUACCAGUUAUGAAAGCUAUAAAUUGAAGGAAAAUGUAGUCGCUGGCUUAUAGUCCAGCUAAGGGCCUUCACUCUUCAAACUCUUCAUUUUAGCAUUAUUUUAAACCUGAAGCACUAAAUAUACUUUUUAAGUCUGUUUGCCGCUUAAGGAACGUAUCAAAAAAUUUGAAAAAUUGAUUAUAGUCAUAACCACUAGUGAAGUAUAUUCAUUAGUUUUGUUACGUAACAUAACAUACACAAUAUUCUCUUAAUAUUUUGCUGAAAAGCCUCGCAAGGAGAUAUGAAAUAAGUAACUAUAUGUAUUGUACGUACUUUUUAAAAAACGAGCAGGAGUGUUUUAUUAGGUUUAAAGCCACGAGCGCGCAGGGCGAGUGGCUUUAGACCUAAUAAAACACGACCUGCGAGUUUUUUAAAUGGCUUCAAAAACGUUUGCAUAGUAAGUCAAAUCUGAAUAUGAAAAAUAUUUAUAUAAAAAUCUUUAUAUAAAAAUCUUUAUAUAGUUUGCAUAACAAUGGUCUUUUGUUAAAGUGUUCUUUAGCUGGUAUAAAGACGUAUGCACGUGACUAAUUUCUUACUCAAGAUUGGAUAAUUGCUUCGUGAAUUAUUUGAAAUAUUUUAUAUAGAACGACGAACAUUAUCCAUAUUUACAAGUGCUUGAAGCUCUGGUCAUGCGUGGUAGACCGAUACCUGUACGUCUGGAACAGUUGCCUCAGAUGGAAUCACAAGUUGCUGCGGCGAUUGCUUGGAGAGAUCGCACUGGUAGGACAUUUCUCAAGAAGAAUACCAGCUCGACACUACUUGAGGUAACAUCACUAAAUAUCUUUAUAUUCGUGUGCGAGGGUUGUCUUUGUGACAGGUUCAAUAAUAUUCUCGAUAGGAACUCCGAUUCGUCAUCACCAGAGGUACAAUUUGAUUCCGGACUUAGAUCUAAUUUUAGUCUCUACGAUGGACGAUUCAGCUAUAGGGGAAAUUUUUAUCUAUCACGAUUUCACGUUUCAUAAGAAUUUCUUCACAUUUCAUUUUGUCGCAGUUUUUUUCUUGAAAAGCUUCAGAGUUUCACAAAAUUUUAACGGGGAUGCAAAGGUGGCACGCUUGUUUUAAAAUGCCUGUAGAAAACUAUACUCGUCCAUGUGUCAUUUCAGAUCUUGUCUUGUCGUAAGGAAAUCGGCGUUUACAAACUGCCGAGUAAACAACGCCGCAAGAAGGAUAAGGAGAGGGAAAAAGAGAGGGACAUUAUUGAUUUAUCCGAACUCGAAGACUACAUCGAUCGCAAGCCCGCGGAGCAGAGCGCCGUAUUUCGUGUCGCGAAACAAAAAGAGUUGAACGAAUUGCGCGAGUUGAGAAAACGCAAUCUGGCGCGUUUCGACGAACUGAACGCGUUACAUCCGGAGAAUCGGCAGUUUUGCGUGUGCCGUAAAGCGACCGACGGCUACAUGCUACAAUGUGAACUGUGCAAAGAAUGGUUUCAUAGCACGUGCGUACCCUUGCCGCGCACGCCCAGUAGCAAAGGCAGCACGAAAAACGCACCAUCGAGUGAAGCGUGUCGGACGCCGAAAUAUCUGUGUCCGUUAUGUCACCGUUCGCGUCGACCGCGAUUGGAAACUAUUUUGUCACUUUUGGUCUCACUGCAGAAACUGCCUGUGCGUCUGGCCGAAGGGGAAGCGUUGCAGUUUCUGACUGAACGCGCCAUGAAUUGGCAAGACCGUGUCAGGCAGUUCUUGUUGUGCGGAAAUGUCGCUAAAGUUCGGCAAAGAAUUUUACUCGAGGAGACCUUGAAACAAGAGCCUGCUGCAGAAGGACCAGCCACGCCCCCUGUUGUUACCACGUCAACGCUACUUCAACAGAACAUGGCGAUGGCCAUCACUGCGCAGACUCAGAAAACAAGUCUUGCUAAUCAAGGAAGUGCUCCCCAGGCUCCUGUCAACACCUCGACCACUUCCUCCGAGAGCACUGGUAUGGAGAUUGAUGUAGUCGGGAAUGCCUCUCAGGAGGAACAUAAAGGGGUAGUUGAUGGUACUGAGGGUAACCAGGGGACUGAGGAUGGUAAUGAGAAUAAAAGUGAUAGUCUUGAAACGAGGUUAUCACAACGCGAGUUAGAUGAAGUUGACGAUUACAUGAUGGAGGGUGAUCUGCUUGAGGUCACUCUAGACGAGACUGAGACGCUAUGGAAGAUAUUGGAAAGUCAACGGAAACACACAGAACAGAAGAUACAGGUGAGUCCCUCGUGUAGUUUGUGAUAUACAAGUUGUUUCUACUAGAAUGAUAGAUUAUGAAGCGUAAUGUGCCGUGGUUUGUGUCUAAACCAACUGAAAAAGAUUAAAAAGACUUCGAUGUUUCGAGCCUUCGUCAAAGGGUAAGAAGGGAAAAUGCAGUGGUCGCCUUUGAACUCCAGACGAUAUUGGAGAAGACUCCACGGUCGAAACGUGUAAAUAUCUUUAAUCUUUUAAUGUAGUUCAGACACAAAUACACUUACACUUAACUUUCUGGCAACAGACAUCCCCUUGAAUACAAUUGUGAAAACAGCUUAACCCUUUAUUUGGCACUGUUGCUAUUUUCCAGCUUCUGUUUACUCAGUCUAAUGCCAGGCAAUCAUCUAGCUCUAACCGCAAGUUCAUGUAAUAAUAUGCCAUGAGUACAUGAACUUGUGGUUGGAGUUUGGCAACUGGACUCUGUUGGUUUAGUGCGCUGGAAUGACAGGUUCGAUUCCUGUUCGAUUCUUUCCACUCUGGAAAAUUUUCCGCAGAAAAUUUUGUAUAAUGUGAUUGGCCCAGAUUUUCCGUCGGAAAAAAUUUUGAAGUUAAUGAUAUUUUAGGAAAAUUUUCUGUCCGUGGAAAUUUUUCUUGAGUGCACCACCGGGCGCGAUUAGACAACGCGACGCGAUCUUUCAGUUCUUGAAAGUUAAAAAAAAAACAGCCAAUGAGAGCAAAUUUUAAAAGAUAUGUAGACCAAAGAACUCAACUAAAUGUUCUAACGCUUCUAAAAUCGGAAAAUUUAAACUAGGAUCAAAGUUAUCGGUCAGUGAAAAUUUGAAAAAUCGCGUCGCGUUGUCGAAUCGCGUCCGGUGUGUCUGGACCUUAAUAGUUGCAUUUUUGCAACAGGUUCUGGUUAGGUCCAAAUAUAUAUAUAUAUGUAAAAUUUACCCUCGAAAUUUCAAGCUACGAAACCUUCUACAAGAUAUUGCAUUUUCUUUGUAACCAGAUUGUUCUGCCGAAGAAAUCAGAAGAAAAGAAAAGACGUAAGCGAAAGAAGAACGAAGAGAAACUACACGAUAAAGAAAACACAACGAAAGUCAACAAAAAGUUCAAACAAAAGAAAAACAAGAAACUCGUGGACGAUGAUCCUGACAGACCGAAGAGGAAAUAUGUUCGCAAACAAAAGAAAGCUGAGAUAGUGGACGUCGAGGGUGAUGAUGAUGACGACGACGAUGAUGAAGCAUGCUUGGCAAGACCUUGUAAACAUCCUUCGAGCGAUGAAGUUGAUUGGGUGCAGUGUGAUACUUGCGAACAAUGGUAUCAUAACUUGUGUGUGGGAAUUAGUGCAAAAACCGCGGCGGAAUUGGAGUCCUAUAUUUGCCCGUAUUGUAAGACCGCACCCAUGUCUACAGCCACCUCGCCUGAUUCCAAUAUAGAUGUAGUCAGCACUACACCCCACUCUACUACACCCCGCUCCCCUAGAUCACCCACCGCUAAACAACAUUCUGGAACUCUCCCCCAACCUGAAGUAAUCAACAAGUCUCCAACUCUAAGUGAACACAAUCCUGUGUUAGCAGUUGGCCGAUAA